CUAUUACAAUUUUUAUUGUAUAGCAUACUAAAAACAUAGUGUAUACUAUAUAUCUAGAAAAAUAUCUGAACCGAAAGCCUCAGCAUGAAAUUCUUCGUUAUUCUUGCCUUGUCGAUGACCGUAUUGGGUCUGCAGGAUGUGAGCGCCAGAAGCAUAUUUGACAGUCUUGGCCAAGAGUUUGGAAAUUUUGGUAACGCAAUUGGCAAGGAAGCCUCAGCUUUAGGCAAUGCCAUAGGCCAGGCAGCCUCUCAGUUCGGCAAUAAUGUGGGUCAAGCUGCAAACAAUCUCGGCAACGCGGUGAGCAGCAGUCAGCUGGGCCAGGACGCCUCCAACUUGGGCAACUCCAUUGGCCAAGCGGCCUCGCAUUUUGGCAAUGAAGUGGGCCAAGCCGCUGGCAAUUUGGGCCACAUAAUUGCAACGAAUGCAUCUAACAUGGCUCACAAUAUUGCCACUGGCGCAUCCAAUUUUGGCAACAGCGUGGCAUCCGAUGCAUCCAGUCUGGCACAUGACAUCGCCAAUAGCUUUAAUUCCGAUGAAAACUCUGCUUCCAAUGUGGCCAGCAAUGUUGCUUCUGAUGCUUCCAAUGUGGCCAGCAAUGUUGCUUCUGAUGCUUCUAAUGUGGCCAGCAAUGUUGCCAGCUCUGCUUCCAAUGUGGCCAGCAAUAUUGCCAACACUGCAUCCAACAUUGGUAGCAAUGUGGCUUCUGAUGCCUCCAAUGUGGCCAGCAAUGUUGCCAGCUCUGCUUCCAAUGUUGCCAGCAAUGUUGCUUCUGAUGCUUCCAAUGUGGCUAACAACAUUGCCAACUCUGCAUCCAAUGUUGGCAGUAAUAUUGCUAACUCUGCUUCCAAUGUGGCUAACAACAUUGCCAAUUCUGCUUCCAAUGUGGCCCACAACAUUGCCAAUGCAGCUUCCAAUGUUGCCAACAAUGUGGGUAACUUUUUGUAAGCGAACUACCCAAAUGUUUGUAAUCAGCGAUAUAAUAUCAUCGUAAAUAAAGCUAUAAUUUCU